AAAUGACAAAUGUUGGGCAAUUUCCAACUAACAGGGCUACCACUGUUGGUGUGCAAAAUCUCCCAUCUUUGUAGGAAGAUAACAACAGGGGGAAAGACACCAUUAGCUUUUCUAAUAUGUUGGGCAAAAAAUCCAAUGUUUUCUCUCUCUCUUUCUCUCUUCCCCUUUUUGAGCUUUUUUCGAUAUUUUCCAUUCAGGACUGGCAAUCUGUUGUGACAAGCAUAUAUAGAUGAAUAUUUGAUUUCACGAGCCAACUGCUUCUAGUUCCGAGGGCCGGAAUAAGUGCAUCCUGACAUAUGGAUUCGGCCCCAGAGGCUGCUCUGGCCCCCGAAACCCCAUCUCCAAGUACCGACUCCUCACCAUCUUCUGAUACUUCACCUCCACCACCUUCAAGUCCUUCACCACCUCCACCUUCUCCUUCUAGACCACCGCCCGCCUCUCCACCUCCUAAAGUAUUGCCACCACCUUCCCCUUCUGAUUUCUUCCCACCGCCUAAAGAAGAAGAGACGCCUGUCGCCUCUGCUCCACCGCCACCCAACACAACCCCAACACAAGACUUACCAUCAGGAACACCACCCACCCCCAUCCCUCCUAACAUUAUACCAACCCAGGGCAAUGCUUCUAACAAAACAGCACCAGGUCCUGCCAACAAGUUACCCAACUCAUCAAGCCGAAAAUCAGCCUCAAAAUCACCAACUGACUCAGACUCGAUAUCAAGUUCUAGUGGAAGUGAUAUCCCUAUAAUCAUUGGCGGAAUAGCUGCUGGCAUUUUGGUGUUUCUUGCUCUUGUUAUGGUUUGUGUUCUAUGCAAUAGGAAGAAGAAAAAACCUUACUAUAUUCAUGAAGAAAACCUCGGUGUAGGUGCAGGAGGUCCAUACUACAAUGGUAAACCAGACCACGUGGUCAGGGUCAAUGGUGACGGCGGUUGGGGACAUCCAUCAGCAAUGCAGGCAAGUAAUGACUCAUCCGGGCCUAGUAUACCAGUGGCAUCCCCAAACAUGCCACUAGCACUUAGCCAGAGCCAGUUCUCCUAUGAUGAUCUAGCAACUGCCACUGGAGGGUUCGCCCAAUACAAUCUUUUGGGCCAAGGAGGAUUCGGGUUAGUACACAAAGGGGUGCUGCCAAAUGGGCAGGAAGUUGCUGUAAAGAGCUUAAAAGCGGGCAGCGGGCAAGGUGAACGAGAGUUUCAGGCAGAGGUUGAGAUCAUUAGUAGGGUCCACCAUCGAUAUCUAGUUUCACUUGUUGGAUAUUGUAUUAGUGACGGGCAGAGAAUGCUUGUGUACGAGUAUGUUCCUAAUAAUACCUUGGAGUUCCAUCUGCAUGGAAAGGCUCAAGCAGUUAUGGAUUGGCAAACUAGAAUGCGUAUUGCUCUUGGAUCAGCUAAAGGACUUGCUUAUCUUCAUGAAGAUUGCCACCCUAGAAUUAUCCAUCGAGACAUCAAAUCUGCUAACAUUCUCCUUGACCACGAGUACGAAGCAAAGGUGGCUGAUUUUGGGCUGGCUAGACUAGCAUCUGCGAAUGACACUCAUGUCUCAACACGUGUGAUGGGAACUUUCGGGUAUUUAGCUCCAGAGUAUGCUCAAAGUGGAAAGCUAUCAGAUAAGUCUGAUGUUUUCUCAUUCAGUGUCAUGUUGUUGGAGAUUUUCACAGGAAGGAGGCCUAUUGAUCCAACGAAUGAAUACAUGGAUGACAGUUUGGUAGAUUGGGCUAGGCCACUAAUCGCUAAGGCAAAGGAAGAUGGAGACUACAGCAAGCUUGUGGACCCACGCUUGAAAGGCAACUAUGAUCAUGAGGAGAUAGUAAGAAUGGCUGCUUGUACUGCAGCUGGUGUUCGUCAUUCUGCUAGGAGGCGUCCUAAGAUGAGCCAGAUUGUACGAGCAUUGGAAGCGAAUGCAUCAUUAGAUAGCUUGGACGAAAAGCCAACUAGAGAAGGCUCCACGUUAAAUGUAAGUGAAUCAAGAGCGUAUGACACAAGAGCCUACAACAAUGAUCUCGCAAAGUUCAAUAAGAUGGUACUGUCAGGUGACGACGACUUUUCAAGCAGUGAGAUGGGUAGUUCCGGACCCUAUAGGUAAACAUUAAAACUUAAAUUUCAGAAUUUGAUUAGAACAAAAAAAAGGCUGUCAAUGCUACAUUGUGAGGUUGAUUUUCCAAAUUGAGAUUAAUGUACCAUAAAGUAGUUAGGAAAUUUUUCCUCCAAGUAAAUAGAACAGAUCGAGGUCUAAACCAUUUA